AAUCAGCGGCCGCUACUCCCGCCCGGGGAAGGGAUAAAAGGGGACGAGCGCCUGCGUCAGUAUGACUUUCUCUGUAUUGUUUCUGGCUUGGUUUGUUCUGUAAGCUCUCGUUGGCAGCAGCACCAUGUCGGGCCGCGGGAAGCAGGGCGGGAAGGUUAGAGCCAAGGCCAAGUCGCGUUCAUCACGAGCCGGGCUGCAGUUCCCCGUGGGCCGCGUGCACCGGCUGCUGCGGAAAGGUAACUACGCGGAGCGGGUGGGGGCCGGAGCUCCCGUCUACAUGGCGGCCGUGCUGGAGUACCUGACGGCCGAGAUCCUGGAGCUGGCGGGCAACGCGGCCCGCGACAACAAGAAGACGCGCAUCAUCCCCCGCCACCUGCAGCUGGCCAUCCGCAACGACGAGGAGCUCAACAAGCUGCUGGGCAAGGUCACCAUCGCGCAGGGUGGGGUGCUGCCCAACAUCCAGGCCGUGCUGCUGCCCAAGAAGACUGAGAGUCAUAAGGCUAAAAGCAAAUAAUCUCAGCCAGUAAAGCCGGUUAGGUAUUUGAAAACAUAAUAUAACCCAAAGGCUCUUUUCAGAGCCACCCACUUUCUCAGAAAAGAGUUGAGUUGCUCCUUUAAGGAAGUAUCUUCAUGUUAAGUGUUUCAUCUGUGCUGCCUUUGUUUUUAAUGCAUUGAGUAAAAUCACUGGCUUAUGUUUUCAGUUAUUUUUUUUAUAACAUCCUGUUUUUGCUGAACAAAAACUAAUUAAGUUGACUUCUAGUGUUUGACUUAUAAUGAAACAGUAGAAUAUUUGUUUAUUAAUGUUUCAUCUGCUCAACAUUAACGGUUUUUGUUAUACUGUGUAGCAUAGCUUUAUGAUGAGAUAAUGAGUGUUAGCUAUGAGAUAUGUAACUGAAUUAAGAAAAUAAAUUGAUGAAUGCUCCGAA